AUGGCGCACCACUUCCUGGGCAGCAAGCACCAUGGAGAAGAGGCGUCCAAGGUGACCGACUGGCGCAAGGAGGAGAAGCACCACAAGCACAUGGAGCAGCUCGGCCAGGUCGGCGCCGUCGCCGCAGGAGCCUACGCCAUGCACGAGAAGCACAAGGCGAAGAAGGACCCGGAGCACGCGCACUCGCACAAGAUCAAGGAAGGGGUCGCCGCCGCCGUCGCCGUGGGCAGCGCCGGCUUUGCCUUCCACGAGCACCACCAGAAGAAAGACGUCAAGAAGCACCGCCGCCAAGGACACCACCACUAG